AUGAGUGUUAAAGAAGAGCUAGAAAGGGAGAGGCAGUUGGCGGCUCCCAGUCUGAUGUUGGAUCAGAAACGGCAGCGGCAACAGAAGCAGCAGAUGCAGAUGCAGCCCCAGCAGCAGCAGACCUGGAGCGAGGUCGUGAAAAAGAAGAGGCCACCGAAGCCGGCCCGACAACCACACUCGGCCACCGACCUAGUGGCUCUCCUGCGGAAGCGGGCUUCGCGAUCCAUGGCGGUCACCAUUGACCGCCCGGCUGAAGGAGGCUCUCUAGCCUCCGUGAUGAAGAAGGUAUCGGGCUUGAUCAACCUUCAGUCUCUUGGCGUCAAGGUCCUGACGACAAGAAAGACCAGGGCGGGCAGUAUUCUCCUCGAGGUCGAGGGGAAUGAAAAAGCCACGCUGCUAGCCGGGAAGAUCCGUGAGGUGGUAGAAGACGCGGCCAGGGUCAGGUUACCCGAGCCCUGUACGCCCGUUCUACUGCUGGGAGUUCCAGAAUGGGCAGAGGCAGAGAACGUCGUUGCUGGUGUCACGCAGGCGGGAGUCACCGGAGUCACCUCCGAGAACGUGACCAUCCGCAAGAACUCCGGAGGAAGAGGGGAGUUCGUCGCGAGCCUGCACUUGCCGCUCAAGGACGUCAUCACGCUGGCGGAGAAGAAAGCGGUCACCGUGGAGUGGACCAGGUGCAGGGUCAAGCUGUUGACUAACAACCAACCAACCUACUUCCGCUGCCAAGGCAAAGGACACCUAGCUGCCGAGUGCCGGGGCGAGGCCAAACCCCGUCGCUGUCACAGGUGCAAGAAGGAAGACCACCUGGUGAAGGACUGCGCCCAACAGAAGCAGACGCAGCAGCCUCAAGACCUCAAGACGUGA